AACAGAAAUGGUAUAGAUAGAUAUGCGUUACAUCAGAGCCAGAGCCCACCCACCGUCUUGUACCAAAGACCGGUCUUCCCAACCUUUUGAUUUUUGUUUGGCAAAGAAACAACCCAGUUUAUGGUCAUCACCAACCUCAGCCGCCUUUAUUCAGGUACCUGUCACUUUCUGUGGAUUGGAUAUAGAGAGAUUCGAUUGAACGUCUAAGCAAUUUUGCAAAAUUGAAGUUUUUUGUUUUGAGCAAUUCAAAUCUUUGAAGCAAUAUAUAAGAGGACUUUGAGCUUUCAUCUUUUUCUAUCUUGAUUAUUUACUUUCUAAUUUGGUGACCUGGGUUUUCAAGACUUUGGUUGACCUCAACUGUGAUUGUGGGUUUUCAAGAAUUGCCUGUUUAGAGCACGUUUGGAUCUGUAAAACUGGUAUAUUGGUGGAUUCUGGACUUUCAAUCCUUUCAGCAACUAGGUUCGUCUCCUUUACAUGUUUGGUGAAUGGGAAAAAUACUAUAUUUGCUAAUAUGAGAGGUGCCUGUGGAUUGUACUUCACAUGCCAUGUGAAAUCAUCAUCUUUUGUUAUGAACGGUGGCAACUUGAGAAUUUAGCAAUGGUUGCAUCAUCUUUUAGUUCUGAAAGAUGGAAUUUAGGUGUAAUCUAUCAUUGAGAAUGGAAUUUGUUUUUCUGAGCUUCUUGCUGGUAUUGCAAUUGCCAAGAAUCUUCGCCUCUGGGUUGCCAAUCCAGUCAAAGGUUUGUGGCAAUGAUCACAUCAGCUACUCGCGUAACUCUGGCCAUGAUUUCUUUUACAUAAAUGGGAAAUUAGUAGACAAAGACUUGUUCUGCAUGGCCCUUAAAUUCCAUCACGCAAACCAUUGCUUCAUUACAGCAGAUGACGAAAAUCAUUUCUGUGGAUUGGAAGAAACUUCUGAUGAGUUGCCUUUAAAGGCAGGAAGGAAGUUUUUGCUCAAUGUUGUUAGAGAAGAAUCUGGAAGACAUAAUUUUCUCCAGAACAGUCAGCCGAGUGAAGAGAAAGAUGCUCACAAAUCUCUGUUAACCCAAAAGAAUUUGGCCAUAGCAAUACCAGGAUUUUUUGCUCUGUGCUGCAGUUUUCUGUGUCCAUGCUUUCGAGCAAGAAGGAAACCAACUACCCAUACUGUUCUUUCAAAGGAUCCAAUUUCAAUGGAUUCAGUUUCCUCUUUGGAAAUGAACUCUGUUCCUGAAAAGAUCCCAGGCAGUCCACUACGAGUGCCACCUAGCCCUUCUAGAUUCUCCAUGUCUCCGAGUCCUGUUCUCAAUAGAAUUGGAUCAAUUUAUCUAAAUCUGAGUCAGGUUGCUAGAGCCACCCAAAAUUUUUCACCAUCAAUGAAGAUUGGUGAAGGAGGCUUUGGAACUGUCUACAAGGCCCUGUUACCAGGUGGUCAGGUAGUUGCCAUAAAACGAGCAAAGAAGGAACACUUUGAAGCUCUAAGAACUGAAUUUAGCAAUGAAGUUGAACUUCUGGCUAAGAUUGACCAUCGAAACCUAGUGAAGCUGCUUGGUUAUCUAGAUAAAGGCAAUGAACGCCUUAUUAUUACCGAGUACGUGCCGAAUGGUACUCUUAGAGAACAUCUAGAUGGUCUACGGGGUAAAGCUUUGGAUUUUAAUCAGCGACUUGAAAUCUCCAUUGAUAUUGCCCAUGGCCUAACUUAUCUCCAUCUCUAUGCAGAGAAGCAAAUUAUACACCGAGAUGUGAAGUCAUCCAAUAUUCUCUUGACUGAGGGCAUGAGAGCCAAAGUGGCCGAUUUUGGAUUUGCAAGAGAUGGUGCAACGGACGCUGAUAAAACACACGUCUCAACCAAAGUGAAAGGAACUGUUGGGUACCUCGACCCUGAGUACAUGAGGACCUACCAACUGACCCCUAAGAGCGACGUAUACUCGUUUGGGAUUUUAUUACUAGAAAUAUUGACAGGUCGCCGUCCCGUGGACUUGAAGAAACCUAAUGAUGAGAGGAUAACAAUUAGAUGGGCCUUCAACAACUACAACGAAGGACGUCUCAAGGAGACGCUGGACCCAUUGAUGCAGGAAGUGGUGGAUGAGGAGAUUCUGGGGAAAAUGUUUGAGUUGGCAUUCCAGUGUGCAGCACCCACACGAUCCGAUCGUCCAGACAUGAAAACAGUGGGAGAGCAAUUGUGGGCAAUUAGGAUGGACUAUCUUCGAAGUGGGAGAAGAGAGUGAAAAGCGCAAAUUGAGAUGUGUGUUUCCAGAUUCAAAUAUAUGUAUGUUGUGUAAAAAAGCAAAACCCUUUUAAAGGCAAAUGUAUCUUUGGUGUUUUUUUUGGGUGUGUACUUUUGUUACAUUCUUAUAUUCUUAAAGAGAUAUUUGGCUGCCUGUUAUUUACUUGAGGCCUUAUUACAGCAUGUUGUCAUGAAAUAGGGAAAGUAUUUCUUUUAAUGAAGAUUGGUCGUGUUGUGCUUGCUUAA